AUGUCUUCUGCACUAUCACUCUGUAGCAUUCUUGAUGCUAACAAGUUGACUGGUCCCAAUUUUGCUGAUUGGCUUCGUAACUUGAGAAUUGUUCUCAAGUCUGAGAAGUUGGACCAUGUGAUUAACUCACCACUGCCUAAGGCCCCUGUUGAUGAUGCACCUUAUGAUGAGCAUCAAGCUCAUCGCUCGUGGAUGGAUGAGGCAAAUGUUGCCCAGUGUAUUAUGUUGGCCUCCAUGAACUCUGAGCUUCAGAAGCAACAUGAGUACAUGGAUGCUUACACUAUACUGAUUCAUCUACAAGAGUUGUAUCAUGUUGAGGGGAGGACAGCUCGAUAUGAGAUAUCGAAAGAGCUGUUCCGUUGUAAAAUGGCAGAGGGGACAUCUGUGAAUGACCAUGUGCUCAAGAUGAUCAAUUUGAUUGAACGUUUAGGACAACUUGGUUUUGUCAUGGAUGGGGAGCUAAGCCAAGACUUGGUCUUGCAAUCGCUUCCUGAUUCGUUCUCGCAGUUUGUUGUGAACUUUCACAUGAAUAAGAUGGAUGUUAGCUUGCCUGAACUCCAUAACAUGUUGAAAACUGCUGAGUCGAGUUUCCCUUCCAAGAAGAGUUCUGUUCUUCUUAUUGGUGAGGGUUCUACUUCCAAGAAAAGGAAGAGGGCCCCUCCCAAGAAAAAGAAGAAAGGUGGUGAGAAUAAGACUAAUCCAGCGAAGGCCAAGGUUGACCCCAAAAGCACAGCUGUUUGCUUUCACUGUAACAAAUCUGAAGCCUUUGAAAAGUUCAAAGAAUAUAAGAAUGAAGUAGAGAAACAAACCAAACGUAGUAUUAAAACUCUUCGAUCAGAUCGAGGUGGUGAAUACUUACUUGAAUGGAGAGUUUCUAGAUUAUCUCAAAGAAAAUGGUAUAGUCUCUCAGUGGACUCCUCCAUAUACUCCACAGUUAAAUGGGGUAUCUGA